AUGUCGGCCGCGGUCCGCCGGUGCACGGCGCUGUUGUUGCUGCUGUUCUUGUGUGAUGGCGACAGCGUCGGUGCCGGUGGCGGUGCUGCCGCGCAGCGGUCGCCCGGCGGCGUGGGCAUACGGCACGGCCGGUCGAGAAACGCGAGGAAUCUGCGGCCGAACGUUCAGGUGCCGGUCAAGCAGCCGGCUGCCGCCACCACGGCACCCACCGACACCGGCGUUCUGGACAACGACAUCGUCAACCGGUUGCUGCGGACCGUCGAGUCGCAACAACAGUUGGGUAACAACUGUACGGCCGGCACGCACCUCAAUCUCGGCGAGGGCGUCGUCGACAGAUACGCUCAGGUCAGUGCGGUAGCCCGGUGCUUGGGGUCGGGUAAUGAUUUGGCAAACGCGGGGGGAGUUGCGGCGUGUUUUCAUGGUAACAAUCGACUCGGUCGGGCUUUAAGUUGA